UCAAAUAUUCUAUGAAUGUUGUUUAGUUGAUUAAUCGUGACUCUUAAAUCUUAAUUAAUUUAAAUGUUAUAAUAUAGUUAAAUCGUUUUAAUUUUGAACUGUAUUAAUAAUUAAAUAAGUAUCAACUAUUGUAUCUGCUACUAGAUAUUAUGCAAGACACAAGGCCUGAAGUGUACGAAGAAGUGAAGCUGUAUAGAAAUGCAAGGGAACGAGAAAAGCAUGAUAAUAUGGCAGAGUUAUAUGCAGUGGUGAGCACACUUCAACACCUUGAAAAGGCAUACAUGCGGGACUGUGUUCGUGCUCAAGAGUAUACUGCAGCAUGUAGCCGAUUACUUGUGCAGUAUAGAGUCGCCUUUAAACAGGUUCAAGGUGAUGAGUUCCCAACAAUUGAGUCAUUUGUCACUAAAUUUAGGCUUGAUUGCCCUGCGGCUCUGGAGAGGAUACGCGAAAACAAACCAAACUUAAUCAAAGAUGACAAAGGCAACACCAACAAGUACAUUGCUGAAAUUGUGUCUCUGUACAUCACACUCAUGGACAAGUUGCGCCUGGAACUGCGUGCCAUGGACAUGAUACAGCCAGAGUUGCGGGAUCUCAAGGACACCAUGGAUCGUCUUGCUAUGCUGCCUGAAGACUUUGAAGGAAAACUCAAGGUACAAGAAUGGUUGGACAAGUUAUCGGAAAUGUCGGCCUCGGAUGAACUCUCGGAGAGUCAAGUUCGGCAACUUGUGUUCGACUUGGAAACAUCAUACGGAUCCUUUAACAAAUUCCUUCACAAGGAUUAAGCAGGUAUAAGUAAAGCAUUCUCGCGCCACGGAAACCAUCUUGUUUUCUGUAAUUAUUAUAUUAUAGCUACUCUCAUCUCAUAUAACAUUUUAUAAGAUGUAAUAUAAAUAAGAUUUAAUUAUGUUAAAAUAUAAUUAUUACCAAUAAAUUUAAAAAAAUA